AUGACUAAUAAAAUAAAAGUUAAAGAUAAAUUAGAAGAUGAUACUCUGGAUUUAAGUUAUUGUGAUCUGCGAGAAGUGCCAAUACGUGAAAUUGCUCCUAUUAAAAAAGCAACAUGCUUGGAUUUGUCGAACAAUUCGCUAGUUUCAAUUCCAAACACUAUAGUUAGCCUCACAAAUAUAAUAAAACUUGAUUUAAGUAAAAAUAUGUUGACUGAGAUACCUGAAAAUAUUGGAGAGAUGAGACAGUUGCGGCAUUUAGACCUUUAUAGUAAUCAGAUCAGUAGAUUGCCAUUGAGUUUAGGCGAGUUAAAAAAUUUAAAAUGGCUGGAUCUAAAGGAUAAUCCACUGACAGCAGCUGUUGCAAGUGUAGCUGGUCCUUGCAGCAACAGCAGUGAUUGUCAGGCCUGUGCUAAAAAUAUUGUUAGUUAUUUAUCACAAGUAAAGCAGUCGAUCGAAGAAGAAAAAGUACGCAGGAAGGCAGUUGUUGCAGAUGUUCCGGCAAAAAAAGAGACGAAGAAGAAAAAGAAGAAAAAUGCUGAGAAAAUCAUCAAGGUAUCUCCCGCAACUGAAGCUAUCGUCGCUGAAGAAAACAACGGUGAGCCAGAACACGAAACUGUUUCUCCUAAGAAAACCACUCGAGGAACCUGCAGUAUCUUUAUCAAUAUUUUAAUCUCGGGGAUUUUAGCAACUUUGCUCUUCAGCAUCUUCUUUGUUUUGAUACUAAUAUUUUUACCAAGUUACAAUAAAGAUUUGUCGGAUAUAAUUGUAAAGGAUCUAGAAGCUCAAACAAAAUUGCCUGUUAAAUAUUAUCAAGAGUUGGGUAUAGUUAAAAAAGAUUUUAUCUUUAAAGAAAUGUUUAUAUUUUUUAACAAAUCUAAAUUAGUAGGAGCUAAAUAUUACAAUGAAAUUGUUAGUUAUCUGAGUGUCAAAUUUAAUGAAUAUUUUAAAUGA